AUAUCUUGGAAAUUGGGACGACGAGAAGGACGCAGCAAGGGCUCAUGACAGAGCUGCGAUUUCAAUUUUUGGGAGGCAAUGCACAACAAUCAACCUCCCCCUUUCAGAAUAUGGGGACGAGGUUCCAGUUUUGGAGAUGCUACCAGCUGAGCAAGUCAUUUUCUCUCUCAGGGCGGAGGCGAAGCACAGGCGCAGACUUAGCAAGCUUGCUAACAAGAAGGAAUCACCUCGAGGGAACCAGAAUGGUUUGCAUGCAACUUGUGCGGUUAAUGCCUCUCCUUGUUGGGACAGAAGGCAAGGCCACACCGCACCAUGCGAAGAAGAGGCGCAUGCAGAAUGGGCUGCACGAUAUGGGGAGUCUGCACAUGCCACAUGAGUCCUACAUGGAG